GAACCACCCUCCUGCUCCCAUCCUUCUCUGUGUCGAGCUGUUAAGACAGGGAAACGGAACCAAGGAGGGCGGGGAAUAGUACCGAGGGAUACAAACCACUGCUGCAAACAGACGUGGGGGAAGGCUAUUCCAAAAGGACGGAACAGUUACGAGUAUGGUACCUGUAGGAAGGUUCAAGAUCUUAGUGUGAGAAUCGGUGUGGGAAUCCGGGCUUUUUGCCCGCUGCCCCCCCCAAAGCCGAAAUAUCUGUUAACCCCCUCUCAGAAAAUCAUGAAAGCGAGCUCUGAGGCUGGAGGAUACAUAGAUGGGUCCUGGAAAGACGAUGCAGUUCAGUUGCAGGUACCACUGGUUCAACAGCUGUACCACUGGGAUUGUGGGCUGGCCUGUGCAAAGAUGGUGCUGCGGUAUGUGCAUCCGAUAAGUGAUGAGGAGUUUCAAGCUAUUCUUUGGAAGCUUAAUCUUACAGAGAGCGUGUGGACCAUUGAUCUGGCUUACCUAAUGCAUCAUAUAGGAAUCCGUCACAGACUUUGCACCCAAACAUUGGGAGUGGACAGAGGCUAUAGGAAUCAGUCUUUUUAUAGGAAACAUUUUGACACUGAAGAGCACAGAGUGAAUCAGCUGUUUGCCAAAGCAGAAACUACCGGUGUCGUGGUAGAAAAAUGCUCUGUUACUGCCCAGGAAAUACAGGACCAUCUAGCUCUGGGACACACUGCCAUUGUGUUGGUCAAUGCUGUGUUGCUGCUAUGUGACCUUUGCUCCACACCAGUCAAAUAUUGCUGCUUUCUUCCUAUCGGCCAGAAGUGCUUCUGCAGGAAGCCGGACUAUCAGGGACAUUUCAUUGUUGUCUGCGGUUACAACAAGAGUUUGGGAUGCAUCUUCUAUAACAAUCCAGCAUAUGCAGACAUUUGUGUGCCAACGAACUGAAUAAAAUUUAACACUAGG